GACUGAGUAUGGUUCAGCCAGAUGUAGUUACAGUACAUAAAGGAGGACAGUUUAGUGGUACCUUCAUAGUUGUUAGUAUAGAAGAGGACAAACUACUGUAUUUUGUUAUUCACUGUAAAAUAUGACAGUCAUUUUGGUAAGAAGGUCUUUAACCACAAGAAUAGUUAUGUCUGCUGAGUUAGUGACAGGUGAACUGUACAGUAUAGGGUGGUUCAUUUGGUUGGAACUACGAGUAUGUGGUGUAAUAAAUACUAAAGAUGUUAUGGGUACUCUUUUAUUAUAAUACUGUAUUGUAUAUUAAUAAUUUUUUUGUGAUAUCUGCUUUCCAAUAACAUAACAGGUAUCUCAGCUGAUCAAAAAAUUUAUUCUUACGCCUUUUUCACUAUUCGAAAAUGAUCCUCACUUGUACAAAAGAUGGUCUGAUCAAAAAUUCAAAUCCGCUCACCUUGUGUGCUGAGCCCUUAUUGCCCCAAAAUAAUAUAAUAUACCAAUAGUACGGUAUAUUUUAUAGUACAAUACUCUAUUUGGUUUAACAAUUACUGUAUAGUAGUUAGGUUCUAAAUUACAGUAGUUAAAUUUAGGAGCUAAAUUACAGUUGUUAGGUAGGUAGAUUUAGUUUUUCCUGAAACAAUUUCAAUUUUUAUUUUUUGGUAUAAUUUUUUUAAUCAGACCGUUAUUUUUACUAUUUAUUCCAUUAUUUUUACUAUUUAUUCUGUUAUUCCCUGUCCAAAAUUUGCUGUUUGAAUAGUUUUUAAGGCACCUAACAAAUUCAGGUUAGGUUUGUUGAGGAAGGCUUCUGUAAUUUGAUAACAGCUAUCUGCUUCACAGGUGCUGACCUUAAUGAAGCUAUUUAACAAAUUACAGAAGAUAUCUUUAACAAAGUUCAUAGUAAUUGGGGAGUAAGUUUACAAGAAUCUAUUAGUAAUAAUAAUGUUGAACAAAUACUGUAGGUCCUAUGAUUAGAAAUAUUUUUUCAGUCUUUACUACUGCUCUGGUUGAUUAGGAAAAUUCGUGAAAAUUAUUUCACCUAGUCUAAAUGUUAAUUGCUUCUUCAUAUUGUUGAUUAGAUUAAUUGGGUUAGAAUGUUUUAUGUACAGUAUUGCUUGAGGUGGUGAGUUAGUGAUAGGUUAGCACUUUUCUAGAUUGUCCUAAUUGUGUGGGUGUGUGUGGAUGUCAGCCUUGCUACAUUUCCAACUAAACGGCUUUACAGGCACAACAGACUCGACAAGAUACUUUAGUGUGUGCAGCAGUGAUGUGGAGUGAAGCAAAAUUGAAUAAAGUUUUCUUUUUUUGGUUUUGCCCUUUUGGAAGUUAGUUGUUUAGGAUAUUGGUGUCAUUGUACGCUGCUUUUCCUUUUGUGUCUUUGUGGAGGAGUGCGGUCCUAUAGUUGCCGGGGUGGUUGUUUUGCUGGUCGGGUACUGUAUCGUAAGGAUUUGAUAGCGAGUCAGUCCAAAGUCUCCCGUGAUGAAUAUAGUGGUAAGGGUUUUUAGAUGGACCACUUUAGGGUUUUUUUACUUUUAAUAUGGGGAUUAUGUCUCUCUUUCUGUAUGGAGAGCACUUGGUUAUGUAGCCAGAACCAUUUGAACAUUUUACUUUGGUGUGUAAAGCUGUUGGACUUUAGAUAAUUUGUGGACCUGCUGCUGAUUGAUGGUUGUUUCAAAUUGGUGAGAAGUGAAAGGGGGUUGUAUUAGAUAUGUUUUGAUUUUGUUCAUUGCUCUGGUGACUUACUGCUGUAGGAAGUGGUUCUGAUGCUUUACUGCUUUGGCUGAAGAAGAGUAAGCUUUUGAAUUUUAGGUUUAUUUAAUAUAUUUAGUCAUUAAAAUCUUAUUGCAAAUGAAAGAAAAUUUUCAGGUAUCCUAGUAAAAACAUAUUGAACUUGUUCGGUGUGUUCAGACUUUGAUACCUGUAUGGUAAUGUGUAUGCAAUAUUUUAGUGAAAUUAUUAUGCAUUAAAUUAUUGCCUUAUUAACCUGGUAAAUAAUCCAGGUUUCAAAGGCAAAAGGCCUUUUUCUCUGUCAUUUUUAUGAGAUAAUGAGAAAAAGGCAUGUUACUUUUUCUCAUAAUCUCAGGAAAAAAAGCUGAGUCUGUGAGGAACAUUGCUCUAUGACAAACAAAGCCUCUUGAAGACCACAGGCUGGGCCCAGAGUUGACUAAUCUCUGAGCUUAGCUUGUUUCUUGCACUGUUCCAGCCUUAUGAUGUGCACUAUUGUAAGUGAUGACAUGGUGCUGUAUUUACCUAACUGUAGAGUAAAUACUUUGGAAUUAGUCACUGCUGAAGUGUAAAUUUUAAAGACUCUUUUUGUAUAAACAGAACAAGUUUCCUAAAUCCAGUUGACUGAAAAUCUUUAAGAGUAUUAAUAACUGUUAGUAGGACAGUUGGCUGCCUUUGUACAAGGAAUCACUAUUUUGUGAAGGUGAGAGAUUUUCCCAACUCAUUUUGACUGACCUCUGGCUAUACUCAGACUAUGGCUUCCCUUAAGAGCACUAGUAUUGUCUGUGCAUGAUAGCACAUUGUCAGUGAAGAGACUUACAGGGAUAGGUUGAAAAACAAAAAAGAAUAAAGUUAUUAAUAGACAAUAGUAAUGUUUAAUGUUUUUGAUUUUAUGAAAGACGAUGAGAUGGUUACCGGUCAUAAACACUGUUAUUGGGUAGACAUCAUAGAGUACAGUACAGUAUAUACCGUAGCUCUGUUUGUAUUACUAUUUGUAGCCAUAUUGUUUUCUUAGCUGUUACUUGGUCUUUCAUGCCUUGAUGGACAUGAUACUUUACCCAUCCCUUGCCUAUAGGCAGAUGAAAUCCCUUACGGAAUUUGUUAUCUUUGGGUUAAAGGUCAAGAUAUUUGUUGUAAAAGAUGUAUGUAGUUUUUCAUCCGUAACCAUAAUUUUUGUUUUUACAUGAUGGGGCCUAAGUACAGUCGUGAGCAAUAGUCAUGCGACUUAUGGUACUUUUAAUACAAAGACUUAAAAUGCCCAACAAUGAAGGUUGUAGCAAAUAACAAACUGCCUGCCUGAAUGACUUAUAAGCUGUUAAGUGGUAGAAAUUAUAAAUUGGAUUAGAAAGAAAGCAACAUUUGUUUAGGAAAUUCUGAAGAGUUUCUACAGACUUCUGUAUCUUACGUUAGUGUUUCCGUGGACAAUGGCAGCUAACCAUUCUAGUAUAAUAUCUGUUAUGGGAAUGAAAUAUUGUAUUGUAUAUAGGUUAUGAUUUAACUGCAUGUAACUAGUAACUUUCACCUAAUGUUCAUGAUGAUAUAUUCCUCUUAACAGUAAUGAUAUCUGAUGGUCUGAUUGGUUAUUUCACCUUAAUUAUUGAGGAUUAAGAAAAUAUAUGGUAUGGACUUGGAACUUGAUCUUGAAACUCAUGAAGUAUUAUCCAAUUAGGGAACACAAAAUGAUCAUUAUAAAGACGACAAGUCAAAUAAAAGUAUAUGAGGUCAUCCUCAACAUCUUGUGGCUGGAAAACCUUCUUCCAUGAGCAGUGUUCCCCACAGGCAGCAGCUGAUGGGACCACCACCAAGACCACGACCCAGUGUAAUCAUUUAGAAGGAGUUUUGUGGCUGAAAUGUCCUUCUAUGUAAAAGCACUUCAAAGGAAUAUUAAUGCACGAGAAACUGGGUCAAACAAACAAGCUGCCAGUAAGAGUUGUUCCCUGUCACUCGUGCGACAACUCUACCACUUGAAUGUGAUUGAAGCAUUUUCUGGAACACUUAAGAAGAAGGAAACUGAGCAGCUCAAACCUUAUGGAGUUUCUCUCUCACCCGAACACAUAGCCCUCAUAGAUUCUGUGAUAAAGAUUACAGGUGUUCACCCAAUGGAACCAUCUGGGGAUCCUUCUCAACCCUGCACUCUGAUUCCUGAUGUUAAAUUAACUGAUUUUGAAACCUCAGACGGCCCUAAGACUACAGGUGGAGUUGUGUCUUGGUCACCGCCUCAGCCAAACUGGAAUGCAUGGACAAGCUGUAAUUUGGAUGAGGGUCCUUUAGCUACACUUUCUUUGGAUCAGAUUAGUUCUGAUUUACAAAAGACCCAUCGAGAUCGCCUACAGACAGACCAGGUGCUUCAGUCAAGGACUCAACAGAGAACACAGUUACCAGUGUUUCACAUGAAGCAGAAUAUAAUGUCCGCGAUAUAUGAUAACCCAGUCACUGUCAUCAGGGGGAACACCGGCUGUGGAAAGACAACUCAGGUUUGUCAGUUCAUCUUAGACGAUUACAUUCAGUCAGGAUCAGGAGCCUACUGUAAUAUAGUCAUCACUCAACCUCGACGUAUAUCUGCGGUGUCCGUUGCCGAUCGCGUUGCUGCCGAGCGAGCGGAAGACAUCGGCGAGAGUGUUGGCUAUUCUGUUCGGUUUGAGUCAGCACUACCAAGACCAUAUGGAGGAAUUUUGUUCUGUACUGUUGGAGUUUUGUUGAGAAAGCUGGAAGCUGGACUGAGAGGUGUUUCUCACGUGAUUGUUGAUGAAAUUCACGAGAGGGACAUUAAUACAGACUUCAUCCUCAUUGUCCUCCGUGAUAUGGUACGAGCCUUCCCAGAUCUUCGCAUUAUUCUCAUGUCUGCCACCAUAGACAUUUCUCUCUUCUCUGAGUAUUUUGGCAACCCGUGUAUAAUUGAGGUGGAAGGACGAGCCUUCCCUGUACAGCAGUACUUCCUGGAGGACUGUAUUGAACUCACUAAAUUUGUUCCAUCUCCAGAUUCCAGAAAACGGAAUAAGAAGGAGAAAGAUGAGGAGUUGCCUGGUGAAGAACCUGAAGAGAAUCUGAAUAUUGUACGCUCUGAUAAGUACUCACCAGCCACAAAGCAGUCCUUGGCCAUGAUGAAUGAGAAAGAUAUGAACUUUGAGUUGGUGGAAGCCUUACUUAAAUAUGUUGAUGGCCUUGACACACCAGGAGCAGUGUUGAUAUUCCUUCCCGGUUGGAACCUCAUCUUCACUCUCAUGAGACAUCUUAAGCAACACCCAGUGUUUGGUGGACACCGUUACUGUGUGUUACCUCUACACUCGCAGCUUCCAAGAGAGGACCAGCGCAGAGUAUUUGACCCUGUUGCUGAUAAUGUCAGAAAGAUUAUCCUGGCAACCAACAUUGCUGAAUCCUCCAUCACCAUUGAUGAUGUGGUGUUUGUGGUUGACUCGUGCAAAGCAAAAAUGAAGCUCUUCACGUCACACAACAACAUGACCAAUUAUGCUACAGUGUGGGCCUCGCGUACCAAUCUGGAGCAGCGCAAGGGUCGUGCUGGAAGAGUCAGAGCCGGCUGUUGUUUCCACCUGUGCACUUUGGCCAGGUUUGAGAAACUAGAGGAGCACAUGACACCAGAGAUGUUCCGCACCCCCCUACAUGAAGUGGGUCUCUCUAUUAAGCUUUUACGUCUUGGGGCCAUUGGGGAGUUUCUUUCCAAGGCUAUUCAGGCUCCACCUAUCGAUGCUGUUAUUGAAGCAGAAGUCACAUUAAGAGAAAUGAAAUGUUUGGACUUGAGAGAUGAGCUAACUCCACUUGGUCGUAUCUUGGCUAGACUGCCAAUAGAGCCUCGCCUGGGUAAGAUGGUGAUUCUUGGUUGUAUAUUCUUCUGUGGUGAUGCCAUGUGUACUAUUGCUGCUCACAACUCAACUUCUCCUGAAAUUUUCAUAAUCCCUCCAGAACACCGUCGACUUAGCCCAUUCCAACGUGCUUUUGCUGGCAAUAGAUUCAGUGACCACAUAGCAGCACUCAGUGCAUUUAAUGCAUGGGAGGAAGCCCGAGCUGGAGGAGAAGAUGCUGAGAUACGGUUUUGUGAUUACAAAGGGCUCUCUAUGCCAACCCUUCGGGUUACUUGGGAAGCCAAGAAUCAGCUGAAGGAGUUACUUGUGAAUGCUGGCUUCCCAGAGGAGUGUCUUCUGCCUCAGUCAUAUAACUUCUAUGGUCCAGACCCUAAGUUGGACCUGGUAGUGGGUCUCCUCGUCCUUGGACACUACCCUAAUGUCUGUGCCCACAAGGAUAAACGAAAGGUGCUGACCACAGAAAAUAAGGCUGCUCUCAUUCACAAGUCAUCUGUCAACUGUAGCAACUAUGAAAUGACCUUCCCCUCUCCAUAUUUUGUCUUUGGAGAAAAGAUUCGUACACGAGCAGUAUCAUGCAAGCAGAUGACAAUGGUGACACCGCUCCAUCUGAUGCUGUUUGGAGCUAGACGUGUAGAAGCUGUGGAGGGUGUUGUUCGUUUAGAUGGAUGGAUCAACUUGGACAUGCCAGCAGAACUUGCAGCCAAGGUUAUGGUAUUGAGGCCAAGUGUAGAGUCCCUCGUUAUUAAGGGAGCAAUUACCCCAGAGGGUGUAACAGAACCUUCACAUCAAGAUGAACAGGUCAUGAACUGUCUGCGUCAGCUGAGCCGCCUGAAUGCUGGUCGUCACAACAUGGAACAGAUUAGUACGGGAGGCUUCAACACACCAAGACCUCCGCGCCAGUUUGGUGGACCGCCGAUGAAGAGAAUGAGGACAGAUGAUGGACCAGGUAGAGAUAUGGGUGGAGGGUUCAGAGGAGGUUACAGCAACAACAGUGGGUUUGCGGAAAGGGCCAGUAGGGGCUAUGGUGGUGGCCGGGGUGGGUAUGGAGGUGGCUUCAGAAACAGUGGUUUUAGAGGUGGUGGGUACGGUGGUGGUGGUGGUAGCAAUCGUGGAGGUUAUGGUGGCUAUCGUGGAGACCGGGGUGGCUAUGGUGGAGGUAGAGGCUUUGGUGGAAAUCGAGGAGGUUAUGGUGGAGACCAAGGAGGCUAUGGUGGGAACCAUUGAUGCCCUGGGGAUGACACUUGCCAAGUAAGUUUUGUUUCUUGAACUGAGCUUCAUAUUAUGCUUAUACUAAAGCUGAGGUACUGGUGUUGUGUACUGCUAGGGAUUGUGAGCUGGUGAAUUGUAACCUAUGAGAUGUUUGUUUCCUUUUAUUUGGGGUUUUCUCUUAAAUAGUUAAAAUUACAAUGAAGGUUUUGAUGGAUGUCAUAUACAAGUUUUUGUAAAUAGUAUGUUGGGCAAUACACAGAUGGUUCCAAAGUUAUCCGAGGCAUUAUUUAUUAGUUUUGCUCGGAGGGUUUUAGGAACAUGACUACUGGAGAGGGAAUAGAAGUGAAAGGUUUAGAUGCAUUUCCCAUCUGCCGAUUAUUAUUAUUAUUUUUUAAGUGUUAUAUGUCAAGGAACACAUUAAGAUUGCUCGCCACCAGUUGACAGUUAGGGAGUAAAUACUAGCCCUUAGAUCAGUCUCUUAAUAACCAAAUCUGAUAACUAUAUUUAGAUAUUUCUUUUAUUUAUUAGCUUUAUUUUAUAUACCUCUGGGCAUUCCAAAGGAAAACUAUUUUUUUUUUAUGUAAAGAUAUUACACAAUGUUGAAAUUAUAACUCUUCAAGCAUAAGAGUAGGCUUAAGUUUUAAGUUGUCUUAUCUUGAAAUAUAAGAAAAGUAUCGAUUGUAAUUUUUACUUUCUAGUAAUAUUACGUUUUCUACUAUGUAAUUCUGAUUGUAUAUUUGUUAUCAAUUUCAUAGGAUAUUAGAGUGAAAAUAGUGUAUUGCUGUAUUAAUAUAUUAGUACUGUACAGAGUUAGCAAGUGAGUUACUUUUAUUAACAAAAAUUCAUGUCUCAAAACACUAACAAAUAUUGGGAAAUAAAGAACUGAACACAUGUUGUUUAUAUAUGAUUCA